AUGGCUGCAGAGGUGCACGGCGUGCAGAGCCCCAUCCAGAACCGCUGGUCGUACGGCCUCUCCGGCCCCUACCGCCACGAGUUUGCCUACCUCGCCUUCCAGCACGCCCACGGGCGCGGCUGGUUCGCGGGCACGGUGCUGGGCGACGCGCCGGCAGUGAGCGUCGUCACACCGCGGUGGAACCACGACCGGCUCGAGUGGGAGCAUGUUAUCUGGGCGCGGACGAGCCCGCGCGCUGUCGUCGGUGAGGGUGAUGAGGACGGCGAGGACUGGGAGCGGGUUGAGCGUGCCGAUUCGGCGGUGCGCGCGAUUAGCUUGGCCGAGUUUCAGCGGAUCGAGCGGGCUGUGAAUGUCGUGUUCUGGCCGGCAUACCAUGCCAAAUUCAAUGCCCUCGAGGCGCGCCGCCUCGCUAUCUGGCUGCACGCCGGGAUCGACAAGGACGACCUCCUCCCGCCGCCUACGGACGUGCAGGCCGCGGCGUACAGCUACGCGCACAAGCUGAGCGGGGACGCGGUGGACGAGGUCGACAUCGCGGCGUACAGCAGCGGCAACCGCCGCGUCGACGACGAGAUCGCGCUCGUGACGCACGACGAGCUCGACGGGCUCUUCAUGGCGCAGGUCACCGAGUGGCGGUACGGGCGCGGCGCGGCCGCUGUGAGCGCCGUCAAGUGGCGUGACGACGACAGCGUCGCUGGCUCGCCGGUGGAAGCGUCGUACCGCCGCGUUCCGUCCAGUUCGGCGCUUGUGGCGGCUGCGAGCAGCGUCGCCGUCACCCACCACGGCCACGGCAUCCACCCCAAGCCGGUCGCCUUUCACAGCGUCGCGCGAGGACACGGGCACGGACACCGCGGCUCGUCGCUCGUGUGGGGCUCGCCGCCUGUCGGCACGGAGGUGCAGCCGCUGUACGAGAUGUACGAGUAG